AAUCCUCUUCAGCCGCUUUGUUGCAGCAGAUACGGUUGCAUUAGAUGUAGGCCUGCUUUACAAAUGAUCACCCAUAAGAUGUGAUGCAUAAUGUACACGUCUUUACAAUAUGAAGGAAAAAAGGCGCCAUGAGACAGUAUGUUGUGAAGAAACUGCUCAAGAAAUGUAACAAAUGGGUUAAACGAACCCGGUCACUGAAAAAGAAAAAAACAUAAUCCUUAUUCUGAAUUUUAUGUUCUGUCUCAGAUAUAAUCCAGAAAAUAAUCAAGACUGGAGACAUCAGACGGAGGAGUUCUUAAUCUUACACCAAACAGGACAGAUGGCUCCUCAAUCGAGCCACAGGGGCCACGGGACACUGCAACAAUGUGCAGCAUGACUUGUUUUCCUGUGACAGACUCAUCUCAUCUACAUACAAUAUAUAAACAGGAUACAGUUAGAAAGCAGAAGCAAAAAAGGUGUAGGAAAAAGCCACCAAUGAAAGACUUUUACACGCGAUAUAAACUCCUCCAACAGGUGGCAGUCGGUACCAGCACACGCUGACACGCGGAUUGCUAAAUGACAACAGCUGGUGUGAUUUCAGCGGUUUCCUCGUGGAUCGUACAGCCGAGAUGUGGAACUCUAAUCAAUUGCGACCAGAAACACCAGCGUGCUCGUGUUCUCAAAGACCCAUGUUUUCCUCAUUAGCACGAAGUCCACUAUCUGCACUUUGCAUUCCUUUAAAGUCCCUCUCCUCGGCCGUGACUCCUCCCGCCGUGUUGAACUUUGAGACCUGCUCGAAAGCAAACGCCUCGGACCGACGUCGUCGUUCUUAGUGGCGCAUUAAAAGGCAGCGGGCUUCUAACAUGCCUCGCGUCACACACACGCGCGUUUAGCAGAUGCACACUUUUUUUUAUUUGUAGGCCUAUGUAGACUUUUAUUUCUUAAAAGAAGUCAAACAACAACGUGUCAACCAUGAGGCCGCCGGUGGAAUUCUGCGUGUUGGUGCUUUCUCUCCUGGCUCCUGGAGUUCUGUACGUCAUGAACAACAUCCCUGCGCUUCAGGAACCUCUUCCUAUCCUUGGAAUAGGAAUGGUUGUCCUGGGUUUUGUCCUCCUCCUCCUCCUCAUUACUGUGCCAACCAAGAUGAACGUGGACCCCUUAUUCUAUGUAUUUGCAGUGUUUCCCUUCACCUGCAUGGCGGGCCUGACGAAUGCUCUCGAGCACGAUGGGUUCAUCUCCGGCUUCAUGGGUUUCUACAUAAAGAUGGGUGAGCCUCAUCUAAGUACCGCCUACGCUGUGAUGAUGUCUUACUGGGAAGGCCUCGUUCACUUGGUCCUGUUCCUCACCAUCAUCCACCGCAUGUUCAGAGGGAAGUCCUAUCGUAGCCUGGGGCUGCUGUGGGCGGGCUCUUCGAUCGCCCAUCAAAUGGUUCACAUCCCAGGAGUGGUCAUUGGUAAAUACGGGGCUAACAUUCGACCAGCCUUCUGGAGGAACGUCCCCUUCUUUUUGGUGCCUUUCUGGGCGGCCUCUCUGCUCUUCAGCCGCCCUAGAGAGGUUCCGGUCAUCCCAGCAGACAAGAUUUCGGCGGAGCAGAAGAAAGGUCUGCUGUCUCGACCUGUUGACCUGCUUCUGUCUGUUCUGUUACUUGGAGCAAUGGCCUUCUCCGUUUUCAGAGGCUUUGUGGUGCUGGACUGCCCUCUAGACACCUGUUUCACCUACGUCUACCAGUACGAGCCCUACCUCAAAGACCCAGUUGGCUUUCCAAGGGUUAUGAUGCUGGUGUAUUUGUUCUACGCUCUGCCUCUGCUGACUGUCUUCACCUAUGGUCUGAAGACACCUGGAUGCAGCUGGAUGUUGGACUGGACAAUCUUCUUUGCUGGGGCCAUGGCUCAGGCCCAGUGGUGCCAUAUCGGAGCGUCUCUGCACUCCCGCACUCCCUUCACAUACCGAGUCCCCGCAGACAAAAGGUGGCCUGUUAUCACCCUAAAUGUGCUGCUGGCUGCCGUGCCGGCUCUGUUGGCCCUGCGCUGCCACACGAACCCCACUUAUUUUAUGAAAGCUGUUCCCGAGGGGCGGACCAACAAUGAGAAGAAGAAGAACUAGACCACACACACACACCAGGAAUGACGGGGAAUACUUCACGCUGAGACGAGGCUCAUGUUUUCUGGAGACUCUUUGGCAUACAAACUGAAUUAAACACAAGUGUUCAACCCAAAAUCCAAAGAAAGUCCCAGAACAUUAUUGAGUCGACUGUUCACAAUGAGUCGCGUCAUGCAGCAGUAGCACUCCCUGCAUGAACUGUUGGACUCUGAUAAGAAGGCUGUUGAUGGAGUGGAGGAUGUGCUCAGCUUUCAGGUGACUCACGCAGAUAUCCAGUUGGUAUCUUCCCAAACUGAGACUAUUAACCUGGAUCAUGCCGCUGGCCACGCCUCUGGAAGAUAGCAGUCGUCCUUCUGCGUCUUUCUAUCCACAACACAGCUGGAAGUUUAUUUUUACUUGACAGUUUUUAUUAAAAACGGAGUAUUUUUCAUCAGACUAACUGAACGCUGAUAAGGGAGAUAAAGCCGAUGUUAAUAAAGUGCAGAACUAGAUGAAGGAGAAACUCCACCUGGUGCCUUUUUAUAUUGUGUAAAAUAUUUGACGAUCCAAAAGCCCAACGUGGCAUCUUCAAAUUGUUUGGUCGAACCAACAGUUCAAAACGAAACAAUAUUCUACUUGCAAUAAUAUAAAAUUGAGCAAAGCGGCAUAUCCUUCAACUUAAUUGACUAUCAAAAUCAAUUUAUAGAUUAUUCAAUUUCAGCUCUAUUCGUGAAUGCAUCUUUUCUUUUUUGUUUCAUGUUCUACUGUAUUUUGUACAAUAAAUAAAAACGGAGCACCACUUUCCUUGUGUAUUAAAAUGGGAAACGGAU